AUUAAGCCGAAACAGAAGACCCUUCCCUCUGAUGUGAAGGCACACUAGCUCCAUGACACGCCUCACCCACAACCGCAUCUUCCCACUCGCGUCAUUCACAGACUACUAUCUAGUGAAAGAAAUUAGGACCAAUGCAGCUAUCCCAUCCCAUCCCAUCCCUCCUUCAUUGACAAUCGAUAUCAAAGCCCAAUGCUUAAACGCUAGUGCGACUUUCCCGUCGUCGAAUGUUCGUUUACAUCCCCCAUCCACCCAUCAUCUUUGUUUACCUUCCCCAUUCACGCAAACCACAACCACCCUCCCUCCCUCCUCCAUCCACAUCAAAAUCAAAUUCACAACCACGCAAAAACACGCACGUAAAGAACACGUCCAUAAUUUACAACGCAUUCAUUUUAUUGUUAUUUACCUGCCAAUCCGACUCCGGUUCCAAGCAAAGUUAAGCAAAGAACCAUGUCGUCAGGGGUAUCUACAUACGUACAAGCCAUCCAUCCUUCCCUUAUUUCAUUUCCCAUUGUGCAUCCAUGCAUAUCAUACAGAGCAAAGCAAAGCUAAUUACCAUCCAUCCAUCCAGCAAGCAGGACGAGAAGAUGCGCCUUUUUGCCAAAUGAAGAGUUGGAGACAGAAUUUCAAAGCAAGUCCGCACGAUGCAGAUCCGGUACGCCAGAACCACGUGUUCCAUACAGCAACAAGAUAACUCCAUCGUCAUCAGAAUUCGUCAAUCGCCGUCGUCG